UUCUCACACAAGUUCACCCUCCAAAGUCCAAUCCACUAUCACUCACUCUCUCUUCUCCUACCAUUAUUUCUCUCUACCUUAAACUUCCACAAUACAACUCUCUCUUCCUAUAAACGCUGUUGUUUAACGUGAGAACUUGGGUGAUCUUUUUGGAGUUGUAGGAGCCCUUACACCUUGCAGAAUCAUCUCUACAUUCCCAAGGGCUCCUACUACGCAAUAACUCCAAGCCCGAUCUCAAAUUAAUAUUUCAUUUACUCAUCUUAAUCAAUAUUAAAUAAGAAAAGAUGGGAGAGAUGUCAAACUUCCAAUUGGGUGUGAUUGGUGCACUAUUUCUCUCUGUGGCUUCUUCUGUCUCCAUUGUCAUCUGCAACAAAGCCUUGAUGAGCAAUCUUGGCUUCCCUUUUGCCACAACGCUUACUAGUUGGCAUUUGAUGGUCACAUUUUGCACCCUUCAUGCGGCUCAACGCUUGAAUCUAUUCGUGUCUAAAUCCGUUGACUUGAAAACGGUCAUGCUUUUUGGUAUUCUAAAUGGCAUCUCCAUUGGAUUUCUCAACUUGAGUCUUGGCUUUAAUUCCAUUGGAUUCUAUCAGAUGACAAAACUUGCUAUCAUACCAUUCACUGUAUUAUUAGAAACUAUUUUCCUAAAGAAGCAGUUCAGCUCGAAAAUAAAAUUCGCUUUAUUCCUAUUACUUGUGGGAGUUGGCAUUGCUUCUAUCACAGACCUUCAGCUCAAUUUUGUGGGAACCAUUCUUUCCCUUCUAGCAAUCAUAACGACAUGUGUUGGCCAAAUUCUGACCAACACAAUACAGAAGAAGCUUAACGUCUCUUCCACACAGCUACUCUACCAGUCUGCUCCAUUCCAAGCAGCAAUUCUUUUUGUUUCAGGCCCUGUUGUAGAUCAGAUGCUCACCAAGCAAAAUGUCUUCGCCUACAAAUAUUCUCCUGUGGUCUUGGCAUUCAUCAUCUUGUCUUGCUUGAUAGCUGUUUCUGUGAACUUCAGCACAUUUCUGGUCAUAGGCAAAACAUCUCCUGUAACAUAUCAAGUGCUAGGCCACCUGAAGACAUGCCUUGUUCUAGGAUUUGGCUACACAUUACUGCAUGACCCUUUCACCGGAAGGAACAUUCUUGGAAUACUAAUUGCCGUUUUUGGGAUGGGUUUGUACUCUUAUUUCUGCACUGAGGACAACAAAAAGAAACAGUUAGCUGGUGAUCUCCCAUUGGCCUCUCAGGUCAAAGACAAAGAUAGCUUACCACUUUUGGCCGGGAAAAACGUGGGUAAUCAAAAUGAGGAAAAUCAUGAGACUAAUAAAUUAAGCAAGGAUUCUGUUAUUUGAAAGGACAGGCUCCCAUUUCUUUUUCAGAUUUCAUAUAUUUUGGGUUUCUUUCAAUUUCUAGGAAAAUUGUAAUGAGUGUAAAUCAAAUUUGUUUAAUAAGUUUUCUGUAACUUUAAGUCGGUGCAUUUCAUUACCUACCAUAUAUAUAUUCGUUAAACUGCAGGAAAUUAAAUUUUCAUAAAUUUGUAAUCCUUUUUUUGUGUCAAUGAAAAGGUAGACGCCAAUUAUUUUGUGAUUCA